GCAAGAUGGCGGCGGCUGCGGGCGGCGGGCCCGGGGAGGCCCCGGAGGCUCCCGGGGGUCCCGGGGGGGGUCCCGGGCCCGGGGGGGGCCCCGGGGGGGGUCCCGGAGCCGCUCGGGGCCCCCCGGGAGCGGCGCGGGACGCGGAGGUGGCGGUGGAGAUCGGAGAGACGUACCUGUGCCGCAGGGCCGACGGCAGCUGGCACUCGGCCGAGGUGAUCCAGUCCCGCCUGAACGAGCAGGAGGCGCGGGAGGAGUUCUACGUGCACUACGUGGGCUUUAACCGGCGCCUGGAUGAGUGGGUGGGCCGCGAGCGCCUGGCUCUCAGUAAGAGCCUCAAGGAGGCCGCCCAGAAGAGCUCGGAGCCGUUCCUGGGGGAGCUGGCGGAGCCCGAACGGAAAAUCACCCGGAACCAGAAACGGAAACACGACGAGAUCAACCACGUGCAGAAGACCUACGCCGAGAUGGACCCGACCACGGCGGCGCUGGAGAAGGAGCACGAGGCCAUCACCAAGGUGAAGUACGUGGACAAGAUCCACAUCGGGCACUACGAGAUCGACGCCUGGUACUUCUCACCUUUCCCCGAGGAUUACGGGAAACAACCGAAACUGUGGAUUUGUGAAUUCUGCCUGAAAUACAUGAAAAUGGAGAGGAGCUACAGGAUACACCUGGGUCAGUGCCAGUGGCGUCAGCCGCCCGGGCGGGAGAUUUACCGCAAGGGGAACAUCUCGGUCUAUGAGGUGGACGGCAAAGAUCACAAGAUCUAUUGUCAGAACCUGUGUCUCCUGGCCAAGCUGUUCCUGGAUCACAAGACUCUUUAUUUCGACGUGGAGCCGUUCGUGUUUUACCUGCUCACCGAGGUGGAUCGGCAGGGAGCGCACAUCGUGGGAUACUUCUCCAAGGAGAAGGAAUCUCCGGACGGGAACAACGUGGCGUGCAUCCUCACCCUGCCCCCGUACCAGCGGCGCGGAUACGGGAAAUUCCUCAUCGCCUUCAGCUACGAGCUGUCCAAGCUGGAGAGCACCGUGGGCUCCCCCGAGAAGCCGCUCUCGGACCUGGGCAAGCUCAGCUACCGCAGCUACUGGUCCUGGGUGCUGCUGGAGAUCCUCAGGGACUUCAGGGGGACCCUCUCCAUCAAGGACCUCAGGUUACUCAGGGUUUACUCCAUGUUUAGCCAGAUGACCAGCAUUACUCAGACGGAUAUAAUCAGUACCCUGCAGUCCCUGAACAUGGUGAAAUACUGGAAGGGACAACACGUGAUGGUUACUCAGGGGUUACUCAGGGGUUACUCAGGGUUUACUCCUGGUUUACUCAGUCAGAUGACGAGUAUCACACAGACUGACAUCAUCAGUACCCUGCAAUCCCUGAACAUGGUGAAAUACUGGAAGGGCCAACACGUCAUCUGCGUCACCCCCAAGCUGGUGGAGGAGCAUCUCAAGAGCGCCCAGUACAAGAAACCGCCCAUCACCGUGGAUUCCAUCUGCCUGCGCUGGGCGCCCCCGAAGCACAAACAGGCCAAGGUGGCCAAGAAGUGAAAUUCCGGAAUUUUCCACCAAAUUCUGGGAAUUUUCCCCCAAAUUCCGGAAUUUUCUUUCAAGUUCUGGGAAUUUUCCCACAAAAUUUUGCUUUUUUCCUUCAAAAUUCUGGGAUUUUCCCACCAAAUUUUGGGAAUUUUCCACCAAAUUUUGGGAAUUUUUUUCAAGUUUUGGGGAUUUUCC